AUGUUUUGGCAGACUGCGUUUCGAGCAGCAUUCAGACAACGGCCAGGGGCUUCAUUUUCACGACCGUGGACCAUAGCUCGUCUUGGUCUAGGCGUUUCUGUUUUGGCUGUUCUCACCAACCAGCAUCGACUGCAUAAUGAGGCUGAGGCUGAUUCCAGUUCCAGCGACAAAUCCGACCCACCCCUCGGUGCGGGCUUUACACAGGACAGAUUUGGCUGGCAACAGGCUAUCAAGUAUCUUGGAAACGAAGCGCCAGAUGGAAUUAUUCGAAUGUAUUGGAGUUCACGGUUUGAUACGAGAAUUCGUAUCAUGAGCCGUGGUCCAAGAACACUCAUUAGUAUGCUCGAAGGCGACUUUGUCAAUCGCGCGAAUGUGGCAGACGUUAUUCAAGAAAACCUCUGGUUCAACCUUGAGGCACUCUUCAGAUGGUACCAGACAGACCUCAGUACGCCCCAGCCCGUUGAAUUUAUUCACGAGCCUCACCCUUCGCCGGAGGCAAUACACUCCGUCAUUAGAACGGCCAUAAACUUCACGGACGACUUUAUACGCGACUUCUUCCUCGGACGAGUAUUCAGCUCUAUUUCAAAGCGAUAUGCGUCUGAUGCGUUGAGGGCAACCACGUCGAGCUGCCUUGUUUCAGCCCUGUAUGAAGAAGACGUGUCCCUCCUCCAUGUUGCCAAUCUCGGCAACAUGCGGGCGGUUCUUGGCCGACCACGACCACCAACUGAAGACGGCUCAGUCAUCUACGAUGUUCACGUGCUCUCUGUCGACCAUACCCCCCAAAACCCAUUAGAACGUGCACGAAUUCAAGCGCAACACGCCGACGAGGAGAUCUUCACGGACGACACGCUAUUUGGGCGGCCUUAUACCCGCGCGCUUGGUGACGGCCCACUCAAGUGGUCAACAGACAUCCACGAACGUCUUCAUCGCGACUAUCUAGCCCCAGAACCAGAUCCCCGCAUCAAAACUCCCCCAUACCUUUCUGCAGAGCCAGACACAACAUCAAUCAAAGUCGAGUCUGGGGAUUUCCUCGUCUUAUCCUCUAGCUGGCUUCCUCAGUGUCUCACUGACGAGGAGGUCGUUGGCCUGGUCGGCGCAUGGCUGCAAAAGAAUCAAGACACCAAUCUCUAUCGCUCGCUCGACGACACAGUGCCUGACCCAACGCCGGGUGUCGUUCUUGAACGAGAGGACCUGCCUGUGAAACUGAAGGAGGACAACACCACUUUCUUUCGCAAAUGGAACGUACCCAAACGAUUCGUGAAUUCAGACCCGAACCCUUCUAUGCACCUCACCAACAACGCUAUGGGUGGCGCCGACGGGAACUUGAGGCAGGCGUUAUUGGAGCUGGCUCCUUCGGAAUCGGCAGGCAACACCAAGUCUUUGGGAAUUGCUGUCGUCUUUUUCCAAUAG